GAGUGUAGGAACCAACAAGUGAGAAGGCGCCGCGUUCCCCCAGCGCAGCCGCGGGCAGCGGGAGCAGGCGCAGGAAGAAGAAGCGAGCGCCCCGGAGUCCCGAGCCCGAACCCCCGAGCCCCCGAGCCGGAGCCGCGGUCGCGGAGGCUGCUCCGCUCCGGAUUCUUCGGCGCGGGCUGCGCCGGGCGCUGAGCAAGAGGUUCCGCUUCUCUCUGGUUGCAAGCGGCGGCUGGGAGCAGCCGAUCCCCGGGGAAUAUGCGGCGCGUUUGGAUCCUGCUCACCUUGGGCUUGGUGGCCUGCGUGUCGGCGGAGUCGCGGGCAGAGCUGACGUCUGAUAAAGACAUGUACCUUGACAACAGCUCCAUUGAAGAAGCUUCAGGAGUGUAUCCUAUUGAUGAUGACGACUAUGCUUCUGCUUCAGGCUCAGGGGCCGAUGAGGACGUAGAGAGUCCAGAGCUGACCACAUCUCGACCCCUUCCAAAGAUACCGAUCACCAGUGCCGCUCCGAGAGUGGAAACCACGACGCUGGACAAGAUGCAGAACAAGAUCCCUGCUCAGACAAAGUCACCUGAAGAAAUUGAUAAGGAGAAAGUUCACCUCUCUGACUCAGAAAGGAAAACGGACCCAGCUGAAGAGGAUACAAAUGUGUAUACGGAGAAGCACUCAGACAAUCUGUUUAAAAGAACAGAAGUCCUGGCAGCUGUCAUUGCUGGCGGAGUUAUCGGCUUUCUCUUUGCCAUUUUCCUUAUUCUGCUGUUGGUGUAUCGCAUGAGAAAGAAGGAUGAAGGAAGUUAUGACCUUGGAGAACGCAAACCAUCCAGCGCUGCUUACCAGAAGGCACCGACUAAGGAGUUUUAUGCGUGAAAACUCCCUCUUAGUGUCUCUAUUUAUGAGAUCACUGAACUUUUAAAAAUAAAGCUUUUGCAUAGAAUAAUGAAGAUCUCUGUUUUUUGGUUUGUUUGUUUGUUUUUUUUUCAUUCAAGUGCCAGCAUGGCACUUGAAUGAUAAAACCCCAUUGUAUUUAAAACUUUUCAUGUAUUUCUGUCGAACAACAUAAAAUCGAAACUUCACAUCUGCAGUGUUCUGUGAAUAGCAGUGG